GACUUUGCUUUUCUGUUUUAAAUUACUGGAGCUAUUUGUCUUUUCUCCCCUGCUGAGGUGGAGGUUGUAAAUUCCUGGCUGAAGUCAUUGUUAUUAUGUACAUAGCCUUUGGAUCUCAUCCCGGGUUUUUUUUUUUCUCCCUCACUCUCUUCCCGAACACGAGCUUUUUAAGCGCAGCGCGAGACACAAACCGUUACAGCGCGCGCAGGCUGGGCAUCAGUGGCUACCGUGAGAGAAAACAACUGCCUCAUUUACAUAGCCUUACAUUUUUUGGCCCACGUAGCUAUCUCAGCUCCAUCAUGACUGAGCGCUUCAACUGCUUCUACUGCAGAGAUGACCUGCAUGGCAAAAAGUACAUCAUGAAGGAUGAGAAGCAUGUGUGUGUGCGCUGCUUUGACAAGCUGUGUGCCAACACCUGUGCAGAAUGCCGUCGACCUAUAGGAGCUGAUGCUAAGGAGCUGACCCAUAAGAACCGCCACUGGCAUGAGGACUGCUUCCGCUGUGCCAAGUGCUACAAGCCGCUGGCCAACGAGCCUUUUGCAGCUAAAGACGAUGGCAAGAUCAUGUGUGGGAAGUGUGGUGCCCGUGAGGACUCACCCCGCUGCCAGGGCUGCUACAAAGUCAUCAUGCCUGGCUCUCAAAAUGUGGAGUACAAGCAUAAAGUGUGGCAUGAGGAAUGCUUCAUCUGCUUUGAGUGCAAGCAGCCAAUCCGUUCUCAGAGUUUCCUGACCAAGGGGGACGAAUUCUACUGCGGUGCUUGCCAUGAGAAGAAGUUUGCCAAGAAUUGUGCCCGCUGCAAGGAGCCCAUCUCCUCUGGUGGGAUCAGCUAUCAGGAUAAACCCUGGCACUCUGAAUGCUUUGUGUGUAAGACCUGCAAGAAGCCACUGGCUGGUGCUCGCUUCACUGCUCAUGAGGAUGAUUUCUACUGCGUGGACUGCUACAAGACCUCCGUGGCCAAGAAGUGCUCUGGAUGUCAAAAUCCUAUUACUGGUUUUGGCAGAGGGACUAACGUGGUGAACUAUGAGCACCACACUUGGCACGAGUACUGCUUUAACUGUAAGAAGUGCUCCCUGUCCCUGGCUCACAAGCGCUUCGUCAUGCAUGAGGAGAACAUCUACUGCCCUGACUGUGCCAAAAAGCUGUGAGGCUGCAGAUGCUCUUUCCAGAUUUCGUUUUAAGGAACGGUUUCCACCUUAUACUGGUGGCAACUGUAAUUCAUUAUUAGUGCUUGUGUUCUGCUCCUCUACAUGGUGAUUCAAUAAUCAAACACAUCUAUCUAAAGCAAAAAAACAAAAAAAACAAAACAAAAAAAAGUGACCUCACAAAUACGAUGGUUUUAGUGAUGAGGUGCAGCACAGAUUGAAGCAGGCAGGAUUUUUCUUGGUAGAAUAUAGUGAGUGGUGUGCAAUCAGUGUAAUAAAAUCUCCAGUCAGUUAUCCAUUUCUUCAGAGCAGUACAUGAGCGGCUCUGGCGAGUUGCAAUACUGAAAUAAUAUUUUAGACUCGAUUUAAAAAAUAGGAAACCAUGCAAGGCUUUACUGGAAGAUUUCUUCUCAUGAAGCUUUAAGGCAAACUGUUUCAUGUCGCUUUGUGGAAAUGUAUUUUUUGUCUGUUUAACGUUAUUAACACACCUGAGUACUAUGCUUUUGGAAUUCUGCUGUGACACAUUUAACAUGAAUCCUUUGGCAUGCAACAAUAUUAGUAUAUACUUUAUUCAUGGCAUUUUGGGUGAAGGAACAAUGAAUCUGAACAAUAAAUUUCAAGCUUCAACUAAAGCCUUCAUUUAUGAAGGAUGAAAGCACAAAUAUCUUACAGUUGGUAUGAACAACAUUAAAAACAUUUCCUUAUUUUAUCUAGCAAAACUUUAUUUGAACAGUUUAUAGCUUUUUCCAGUAUAUUUUGGGUAAAUUUACAACUAUAAUUUUCAAGAUACACAAUAUUGCAUCCUAUGUAGGGCCCUGGUCAAGUAAAAUGAUUGUCAUGGCCAGUGAAAGCACAUCAUGUAACAUUUAGGUUGUAACAUAUGAAAAUAAAUAUGUCUCUCACCCUAUUUCUAAGGCACCAUUCUAUCCUAUCACCAUGAUGAGCACUGUAAGCUAGAGAACAAGCUCUGAAACCCAAAGCACUCAAGGGUUUACAGGGUCCUGGAUGAAAGAAGCAGCAACUGCAAUGAUGUGACCCUGUCUGAGUGACCAUGCCGACUUCCUGCAAAAGCAGCACACACCAAAAAACACACACGGAGAUGCUUGUGCAGCAGCCACUGCAAGACUCUAAGCACUUUGGGGUGUCUAACAUUUUUGUAAACCACGUGGUAGGGAGGGACUGCGGAAAGGCUAAAAUAAACAAAAAGGGUUCUGCAGCCCAGCGCUCCCUUACACGCCAAGCACAUGCUUAUUAGUUUUUUUUUUUUUUUUUUUUGCCUGAGUGGAAUUCCAGUGUAAUGCCACAGGAAUUCUAGACAGUGUUUGGGUCUCAACCUGACAAUUUUAAUUCUAGGGUGUCCCUUAUCCUGGAGGAAAAAAAAUGGCAAUUAAUUAAACUGAGCAACAAAACAUGGUUUUCAAGUAAAUGAUCCAUGCCUAUAAGAGAAAGAGUGGUGUUAGGAGAGGAAUGAUACUAAUUAGUUCAUUAGUAAAUGACCACUAUUUUAAAUAAUGAAAUGCCCUGUGCUCAGUGGCCCAAAUCAUUUCUGAGUAAAAUAGUGUAUACAAAAAGCCCACACUUGCCCAAAAUAGACUAUGGACCCAUAACAGUCUCUACUCAACACUUCAAGCAUUUGAGGUUCAAGCUUUUCCUUACACCUACUCACAACAGUGCUAUGAAAUGGACAGGAACUCAAACAGCAUUUCUACUAGCUAUGAGCCCUGAGCACAAUUCAUCUGGAUCCACUACCAGGAUUUCCAAUCUUUUAACCUGUAAACAAGGUCCAUAUCCUUCGUUUUUGUGCAGUCACACCAAGACAAUCAUGUUUGAAUCAACCUGACAACAAUGCCAAAUCAUAUUUUACCCAAAAUAACUUGCAAUAACAACCCCCUGCAACGUUCAUAUUCCUCAUCCUUUCAUUCCCCGGAGGGACAGGGCCAGGCUCUAUCAUGUUCUACAUCAGAUACUGUUGAGUAGCAGCAGAAAAAAAAAAUGCACCAGAGAGGAACCAACCAAAAUACACUUCCCUUCCCCAAGCCUUAGAAUAACAGCUGAAUACUGAUCAUGUUCAUAAUACUUACAGAAGUAGGAAUAUAAUUUUAAAUAUUACCUAUAUGAGAUCGAUUUUACAAGACAUAAAACUGGCUGAGCCAGGGAUUAAGGAUUUUAAAACGUCAGAGGAACAGAAAGGUAGACUUUAAAACCCUUAAGGACCUGACAGAACUAUGAGCCUGAGGGAAUGUGGGAACACUAACAAUUAUUCAAGCUUUGAAACCAGACCAGAGAAUCCCUCCUGCCUAGCACCCUAUAAGGAACAACAUGCACCUACACAGCUCGUUUCAAUGUGCAGAUAUUUAAAACUUACAGUAAUUUCUGUGUGCUAGAAUUACAUACUGGAGUAAGAAACAGAUUCACUCUGACAUUCAAAGAUGUACAUUAGUUUUGGGAUGCUCUUACAUUAGACUCGUGUGAAUAUCUAACCAUGUUUACACUUAGAAAUGUAGAAAUAUAUGUAGAAGAAAACGUCCACAUUCUGCAACAGCCACAAGCCUAAGACGUACAACUUUAAACAACCUUCAUUCAACAAGUUACAAAUGUUUCCAAGAUUUCACCUUCAUCCUUUAAAGACUAAAGCAAUUUGAAAAGAUUUUGUCUGAGCUUGAAAUUCAGCACUUUAACCAGAUCCUAUUGUCAUCUUUUUAUGAAAUACCUUGACCAAGCUUGCUAGGGUUAAAAAGUUUAUACAAUGCUUCACAGCAGGAGGGAGGACAAUUAGCAGCCUGUUGGCCUGCGUCAUCACAUUAGAUUGGGCAGGAAGCUGGAAAAUGCAGGUAAAGCGCUACAUGCAUCAGUGUAACUUUAAGGAAGCGCUGCCAAGGCUCUCUACAGACUCAUAAGCAGAAAAGGCCUGGAUAACUGUCAUAUAGUUGAGCAGAACUCAGUUCACAAACAUUUUUAAACCAGUGUGUGAGACAGCUGGAAGUCUGCCUCCUCUGAACUCAACAGCUUUACUUCACAUUAAUUGCUCACUUCUGCUUAGGUCCACUGACAGCCUGGGAUCAUUGAAAUACCUAACUCUACACCGAAAUACAAAUAUGAAAAAUUCAACAAAAUGAAUAAAGAAAGGGACAAGUCAUAGAAGAAUAAAUUACAAAAGACUCAACAUAAAAAAAAGAUCAAAAUAACAAUAAUAA